UUUCUUUCCUUCGCUUUCCUUUGAAUUUCACAAUUGACAUGGCAGCAACGACCCAACAAUUUACACCUUUGAAUGCUUAUGUCGGCUUUGACACUAUCACUCAGCAAAUUGAGAAGAAGUCUCUCAAAAGAGGCUUUCAGCUCAAUGUGAUGGUGGUUGGUCAAACCGGUUUGGGAAAAUCAACGCUUGUCAAUACUUUAUUUGCAUCGCAUCUUAUAGAUAGCAAAGGGCGUAAAUCAGCAGAACAGUAUCAAAAACGUCAAACGACCAAGAUCGAAUCCGUCUCUCACAAUAUUGAAGAAAAUGGCGUUCGUCUAAGAUUAAACAUCAUUGACACACCAGGUUACGGCGACCAGAUCAAUAACGAUGACUGUUGGGAACCUAUUGUUAAAUACAUUAAAGAUCAGCAUUCAGCAUAUUUACGUAAAGAAUUAACGGCUCAAAGAGAGAAAACAAUUCAAGACAAUAGAGUGCACUGUUGUCUUUAUUUUAUCACCCCCUCUGGCCAUUCAUUGAAACCAAUUGAUAUCAUUGUAUUGAAGAAGUUGGUGGAAGUUGUGAAUGUUAUACCCGUUAUUGCUAAAGCCGACUCACAAACUCCUGAAGAACGUGCUGCAUUCAAACAAAGAAUUAAUGAAGAAUUAGCAAAUAAUAAUAUUCACUUAUAUCCUUACGACAAUGAGGAGGACUAUGAUGAAGAGGAGCGUGCUUUGAAUAAAAGUGUGAGGGAAUUACUCCCUUUUGCUGUAGUAGGAUCUGAAAAGCAAGUAGUUGUCGAUGGUAAAUCUUAUAUUGGACGUCAAAGCAGAUGGGGAACGGUCUUGGUUGAAGAUCCGGAUCACUGCGAAUUUAUCCAUCUUCGAAAUUUCCUGACGAGAACACACUUACAAGAUCUGAUCGAAACCACCGCCAUGAUUCAUUAUGAAACUUUUCGUGCCAACCAACUACUGGCUAUCAAGAGCGCUACUACCUCAAGCCCAGCUCCUAGUCAUAACAACAACAAUUAUAGUGAAGUUGCCAAUCACAGCAAUAUCAACAAUAGCAGUAACGUUCAAUAUAUCACCACUCGGUCUUCUCCAGUGAUGAGUGACUAUGCCGCUCCAACUCAAAGCUCGGCAGUGAGUGCUUCAAGCUCUACUGGUAUUCCUGCUAAAGUAUUUCCUCCUUUUGCUUAAAUGCAAAGUUAUUGCAUAGCCUGAAGACUACCAUAUUUUAUUACUUUAUCUCUACUCAUUUGAUCUUUCUACUACAAUUAAUAAUGCUUGCUU